AUGAGUGUGAUAUCAAAGACUAUAUCAAACUCAAGUAAUAGUACAACAGAUCAUCCAUUAUGGUCAGCAGCUCAUACACAAUCACACUCCAGACUGAAUUCUUUCUCACAAGAUAAAGAUCCUAAUGCGUCUGCAUCUUUAAUAUUCGAAAGAAACGUAGAAGACCCGUUGUUUCUUUCUCAAGGUUCUAGACCGGUCUCUAGACCGGUCUCUAGAGCUAUAUCAAGAUCAGUAUCAAGGAAUGCUUCUAGACCGUUGUCAAGAAAACCUAGUCAAGCUACGAUUGCAACUUUAUCAAAUACAAAUAAUAAUGGAGGCGGUACUGUGACGAAUUAUACGAGUGCAAACAUUAUACAUAAACCAUUACCUACAAAACGUAAUUCUUCGUUCUCAUUUUCAAGCCCUUCGACAGAUUUAAGACGGUAUAAUACAAACCCUAACAAUAACAAUAACAAUAACAACAUCAAUAGCGUGACUAGUUCACAGAUUAGACGUGUAAAUACUGGGAACCCGCAAUUAUAUUCACCCAGUUUCCCAGGAAAUACAAGCUUUAAUAAUAAUAACUAUAGUAAUUAUAAUGGGGGAACAGGCACUCCAACACAAUCAAAUGAUAAUUAUUUACAUAGUUUAGAGAAUUUUGUUCCACCUGCAUUGGAUGAAAGUUGUUCUAUUGUCACAGACGUCAAUACCAAAUUAGGCGAUGUAGAUAUGAUUUAUUCAAAGAGACCCUCUACGUUAGGUUUGGAUAUGGCAUUAGGUAGAACUAGAUCCUCAUCAUUUGCUACACCAAGAGCUCAAUCGACUCAUGAUCUGGGUCUUCAAUCAAACCCUUCAACUAGACAAACUUCUGAUGAAUUCCCAUCCUCGUCACCUUCUCCACCAUCAAGAUUAUUAAGAUUUUAUUCGUAUGCAGAUAUGCUUUCUGAUGAAAAUAUACAACAACAGCAACAACAAUAUCAACAACAAAUACAGGGUCAGAAUAGUAGUAGCAAUUCAACCAUGCAUCCAAAUCAACAUAGACCCGAUUUAUUAAAUCAUAAUUCAUAUAGUAAUGAUGACAAAUUCGAUGAUAGGAAAGAGGCUGGAUUUGGAACCGAAAGAUCUACGGUGCCAAGAAUAUCUCCAUCUCCACCAAUGACAGAUACUCCAUCAUCUUUAUCAGCUUCAUCAUUUUUCAUUAAUCCUUUCACCAGGACGAAAAAAGAGCAACAACAACAACAUGAGGCUGAUGCAACAAAGAAUAAGAAGAACUCAUUAAGGAGACAUAAAAGUCCCGGUACCUUACAAACAUUGAGGUCGAAAUUCCAUUUACAUUCAGAUAGUAGUGGUAGUCAAGACGAAUGUGAUGAUAAUGAAUGCGAUGAUAAUGAAUGUGAAAAUGGUCCACAAUCGAGACAAAAAUCCAUUAGGGAGAAAUCUCCAAAGAGUGUAGGGAAUAUUGGAUUGUCUUCAGGUCCUAAUUCUACCAGUACGACAGGAUCCGAUCCUUUGAAGGAAGAUGAUUUAUAUCCAGAUGGUGAUGUUGCAACAAUUUCUGAUAAGAAUGGUAUUGUGAAUGAUUAUAAUUAUGAAGAUUCCGGAGAUGAACGAUUACAAAAAGAACGUGUUACAGAUAUUUUAAGAAGAAGAGUCACUGAGACAAAAUCCCCAACUACUCAAUCAUAUGGACAUGGGUAUUUAGAUAGAGGUACAGAUCGGUCAACAGCUACAUCUCCAAUAGAACAAAAUCAACAUUAA